GUUGUAUAGUUGUUCAGUUGUGUACGAUGUAAAGACAAACGACGAACACGUUUACAUAUUAUCUUGAUCAACUCAACCAGCGACGAUGAACUCAUCAGGCACAAACACGUCUUCUAGUCCUGGGAACUACAGUUUCAGUAAAGUCGAAAUCUGGAUUAUGUCAUCGUUUUAUGUUUUUAUUAUUUGUGCGUCUGUUGUUGGGAACAUUUUGAUAAUUGGCGUGGUUUACACCAACAAACGAAUGCGAACAGUCACUCAUUACUUCAUCAUCAACAACGCUGUGGCAGACUUGUUAAUCACAGCAUUUGGAAUGCCAUAUUCGGCAAGAGAGCAAAUCCUGGGUACUGACACGAUACCCUUAGGGGGUCUUAGUGGGAAGAUAUUUUGCAAGAUCCUAGCUUACACACAAGACAUCUCGUGCUCUGCCUCAAUUUUCACUCUAGUUGCUAUAGCGACUGACAGGUUUUGCGCCACCUUUUUUCCCUUUAAGAGGUUAAUAACCAUAAGACGAGCAAAGUGGAUAAUGCUUGGAAUAUGGCUGGCAUCGCUUAUAAUCCCUUUACCUCUCUUCUUUAUUGUAAAAAUCAGUAGAGACUUACACAGCAACCACUUCGCCUACUAUUGCCGAGAGGACUGGAACGAGCUGAGCAUUUUUGGCACUUUUGAGGAGUUAGAGCAGGGGUAUACUAUUAUGGUCUUUGUCACGUGGUACGCCACGCCCCUUCUUAUCAUGGCYAUCCUUUACAGCGCCAUGGUGAUGAAAGUMUGGAAGAGAAAAAUCCCAGGACAAGAGACAGCCAGYGCUCAGCAGCUUCAGAACAAGACAAAGAUUAGCGUGCUGAAGAUGUUAAUCUCAGUUGUGAUUUGUUUUGCUGUUUGUUGGUUACCGUAUCACUUUAUGUUUCUCUUCUACAGCCAUACAAUUUUCCCUCCGCUUAAUCUAUGGACGUUUAGUAACUUUAUGAGGUUUGCUAAUAGUAGUAUUACGCCUUGGUUAUAUGUGUUCUUUAGUAAAGAUUAUCGUCGAGGAGUUAGGAAUAUUCUAUUAAAGUGUGUUUGUAAGAAACCUUCUAAUGAAGGUCUUUCGGCAACAUCAUCAAUAAACAUGAACCACAAGUCUUCUGAGCGUUAUAACGUUGCACUAAGGUCGUAUGCUCACUCAAUUGAAGAUGAUAUACKAAACAGAACAUAAGAUAAUUGGAUCUUUGGGAUUGGGAGUCCUGUGUUKACUWUAACAGAGGAGACCCACYAACGCGAAACAGAAAAAUUGUUAUCGGAGAAAAAAAAACUGGUUUGGACCAAUCAAAUCUCGAAAGAAUAAUCUGUUAUGUAUYAUAAAUAUAAUAUAAUUUGUAUAUAAUAUAAUGAAGUAUUUAUCUACGCAUGCCUUACUUAAGAGCCCUAUUGACUUGUUCAAUCAAAAUACUUAAUUGUAUCGAAACAAAAAAGAAAUAAAACAAAUAACAAAAU